GUGCCUUGGGAUUCGAAGAAAAGGAAAUUAUGGAAUUGAAGUUCCAUUACAUCAAUACAAGUUUAGAAGAAUGCAUAUUUCAAGGACUACAUGUGUGGGCCAAAAAGGAUGGCGCGGAUAUAGGCACUUUAUUUGGUGCUCUGUGUCAUGAAAAAGUCAAUCAAAGGAUUUUAGUUGAUGAUUUGAAGAGGCGAUUUUCUAAACUGAAACCGGUUGUUAUCAAACCCGUAUUGACAAGGCAAUCCACUCCCGUAAGGUCCGUCGACGAAUACGACAACAGACCAUUACUGAGAAAACAAGAAUACUUGCCGAAACCAUCUCCGUCCCUGAAGAAGAAACAGAAAUCUGGAUUCAGAGAGAGGCUCCCAUUCGGGCAUAGUCGGUCAUCCAGUAUCACGGAAGAAGAGGCCGUGCCUCCAAUUACUCCAGCGAACCCAAAAACGAGAACGUCGCCCCAGUGUACCAGCCAUAUUUUCGGAUAUGUUUAGUAGAAAGGGUAGUAAUGGAGACGAGAUGCCGAAAGUGAAUGGCAACAAAAAGGGGACAAAUAAUCUAAGACAAAUCAGUGAAGAUGGAAACACGGCAUCGAGUUCUAAACGCGGUAGUACGUCUGCACCGUCUUCCAAGCGGGACAGUUCGUCGCUAUCGUCUUUCAGGGUGGAAGCGGAUAUCCACAACGAAAGUACAGACGAAAGUGUACACCAAUCGCAGCCGACUACACCGAGAGUCGGGUUUGCGGAUAGGACCCUUGUUAUUCACGAGUCUGGAAGUGAAGAUGGCAGCCCCAGAAUUUCCAGAAAAUCAAAAAAAGAGAAUUCAUCAUUCUUCCGGCGAAAAGUCGGUAUUCUAAAAUCGUAUUCACCUACUUCGAGUCCUGUUGUCGCAAAGAAAUCUACGGGUGCGAAGUCACGGCGUCGGCGAAAGAUGGGACACACUUCGCCUGAGCCUCCGUCGCUCGAAGAAGUUAGCUCGCGGUUUCAAAAUUGUGACGAUAACACACCAAAAGAAAUAUAUAUGUUGCCUUCGUCGGAAAGAGAAUAUCCCAAUGGAGGCAUUACCGGAAGUGAAACCUCGACUGAAGAAAGUACUAGUAGCUCGCGAAAAACGUCCAGCGAAACACAAGCGAGUUCAAGAAUCGAGGACUUGCACGAGGCUAUUGACGAGAAGGACCAAGACGAUGCAACACGACAUCUCGCGAAUGCCGGAAAAUCAAUUGAGAUUUUAUUACAACAAUAUAAUGAGAAUAAGGAUAAUGUUAAUUAUAAAAUGACCGAAUUAAACGCUGAUUCGAAUGUGUGUGUUGUAGAAUUAGUGAAGACAGUUGAGGAAGAAAGCAGACAUAGUCAUGUUAGACGACAGAGAAGUCUCUCCGAUAGCGACAUCCCAGUGCAAAGACUUUUUACAAAAACCAAGACAGGUACUUUCAGAAUGGACUUUUACUUCAGACACAAAUCGGACAAUUACGGUAUUCCUAAAAUUAGACAGAACUCUUUUACUAGGAGGCAUUCGGAACAAUCAUUCCCAAAUACUGAAAUUAAGUCGGACCCGGUCUGGCAGCUUCGACCCUCCAAACGAGUUGUAAUGUUCAAUCACCAUAACAACCACCAGCCAGUUUACAAGACGACGUCAUCAAUGACCAAUAUCUCAACUACAAUUUGA